GCAUGAGAGGGCUCAUCGGGCUCGGCCGGCAGCCGCCGCCGCUCCCCCUUUUCCCCGCCGCCAAGAGGGCCUCGCCGUAUGCCACCCUCCUCCGCAGCCUCCGCCGCUGCCUACCGGCCAGCCGCCUCCUCCGCCUGCUCCUCCUCGUCGCCGCCCUCUCGCUCGUCGCCCCGGUCUUCUUCCACCUCCGCCUCCGCCGCUUCCACCGCAUGCGCGAGAGGACUUGCGGGUGGAUCGCGAGCCCGCCGAUGGUGUGCGCGCACGGCGGCGACUCCACAAACGCAUUCCCCAACUCGAUGGACGCCUUCAGGAUGGCUUUGGACGCCCGCGUAGACUGCGUGGAGGUGGACGUGUCGAGGUCUUUGGAUGGCACCCUCUUCGCCCUCCAUGACAGGGAUCUGCAAAGAAUGUCUGGUAAUUCUACAGCAAAAGUUGGCCACUGGAGCGCUCACGAGAUAAAAGCAUUGUCCACAAAGUUUCAGCUAUCAAGAACAGUUCAAAACCAGGAAGUUCGCAAAGUAGAAGAUGCUCUCGCAUUGAUAGCGCAAUCUGCAAGACAAGUGAUUCUGGAUAUCAAAGUUGGGCCUCCUUCAUUUGACAAAGGUUUGGCUGAAGAUGUACUGUCCAUUAUCAAGAGAACAAACUGCACAAAUUGUGUAAUCUGGUCAAAAAGUGACAACAUAGGAAGAGAUGUCAUCAACCUGUCAAAAGAUGUUGUGGUUGGCUAUAUUGUCAUGGUUGAUUGGUCAACUGGCAGAAGAACAGAGUUAGUGAGGAUUGAAGGGGCUAAAGUUGUUGGUGUAUAUCAUCCUUUGAUCAAUGGGAAGCUCAUGAAGACCAUGCACAGAAAUGAUCGAAAAGUUUAUGCAUGGACUGUUGACAAUAGCGACUCCAUGAAGAGGAUGCUGUAUGAGCAGGUUGAUGCAAUUGUGACAAGCAACCCUUCACUCCUGCAGCAGCUGAUGCAGGAGAUGAGAACAGAAUGCAUGGAAGAUGGCAUUGCCUUCGCAUAGUGACGGCUAUAAGCCUCAUCGCAUUUCCAGUGACUGCUUUUAUCUGCAUGAUACGAGAGUAGAACUGAAAGGAGUUUUUUCUCCCAUGGAGAUUGACCAGUAGCAUAGAUGAUUUUAAUUCAUUUUUACGAUUCAAGUGUUAUGCCAUUCAUCUCACCAUGAUGACGUUUGCUCUUACUUCUUUUUCCCUGUAACCGCUGGAAGAUAUUCUUUAGGAUAUGACAAUGCUAACAUGUAAUGGAAGAUAACCUUCUCGCCCUCAUGUAAUGUUAGCUAUAGAUAAUGGAAUCAUGCCUUUGUCA